CUAGAGAACAACUUCACACACCCGCACAUUUCUCUGCGACCUGUUAUCUGAGUUGUGAGUAAAAGAGAGUCAUAAUAAGCGGAUCAACUCCUCAGAAGCUAGAGAAGGAGUAUGUCGGAGUGUUGUAACUAGAAUAGAAGGACUGGUUCUCUAUGCCGGAUGAUGCAAGAUUGUCGGGGACUGCCCUGACUCCAGAUGGUCGGCUAUUUACGAACAAGACAGGAUGAAAACUCAGUGCGCCGGAGAAACCUGAUGACAGCAACCCCGACCGCCAGAGAAGAAGAGCCUCUCGCCAUGCCGCCAAUCGCCUGAGGGUCUGCCGCCGUGUAUUGCCGGAGGGGGAAAACCAUCUGGGCUAGCUUCCGUCACCGAAGAGAGUGCCGCCGAUCUCCCUGCGUCAGAACUGUUUUACGAAGAAGACGUCGACUCCCAGCAUAGGAAUUGAGGAUCAUAUUGAAGUGACUUCGAGAGCUUCCGCUAGAACACAUAGACUAAAGUGAUCGAGUAAUUUAUUUUAGUCUUAAUUUUAAAGAAUUGUAGUUGAACAAUUAAAUAUGGAAAAUUUUAAUUGUUGGUGGUGGAUAGCCUGUGCACCCGGUUAUGUGAGAGCCGAGUGUGGCGGUAACGCCCCUGUUUUCCUUUGAAUUUUCCGCUGCAUAAUUUUGAUAAAUCAUUAUCUAAAUAUAUUUUUGGGUGGGAAAUUUGGGGGUGUUACAAUACUGCACUGAACAGUUCAUUCUUGUGGUCACAUUGUAUCGUAGCGAGGCUUACUAAAAACAUGAGGCUCGCAAGGAUGCUCGGCCAGCCGGUUGGAGCAACUAUCCAAUCUUUUGCGGAGUGGAUUUUGAAGAUUGGUGACGGAGCUUUUGCUGAAUAUCAAGAUGGAGAAUCACUCAUUGAUAUACCAUACGAAAUAAUCACUCCAAUGACGUCUGAACCUGUUGAAUAUAUAAUUCAAGCUAUUUAUCCUAAUUUCUUAACCCAGAGUGAUCCGAUUAAUUAUCUUUAUUCCAGAGCUAUUCUUGCUCCGACCAUAGAUGAGGUUGAUAAAGUUAACGAUUACAUGUUGAGCCAUAUAGAUUCAGAGUUAAAGACGUACCUAAGCUCAGAUUCAGCUUCUUCAUCUGACUCAGAUAGUAAUGAUUUCUUGCAUGAGAUACAUUCUACUGUAUUUCUUAAUAAUAUCAAAUGUUCUGGUUUGCUGAGUGAUGAGCUGAAGCUGAAAGUUGGAGUUCCUGUGAUGCUUAUGAGGAAUAUAAAUCACUCAUCUAGAUUGUGCAAUGGCACAUGGCUUCAGGUCACUAAACUUGGAGAUCAUAUUAUUGAGGCUCUGAUGAUGCAUGGAGAAAAUGCCGGUGAAAAGUUUCUUAUUCUCCGCCUUACUUUGACUCCAUCGGACAUUAGUCUCCCAUUCACUUUUCAACAUAGACAAUUUCCGUUAAUGGUUAGCUAUGCAAUGACCAUUAAUAAGAAACAUGGACAGUCAUUGGAAAACGUUGGCAUCUUCCUCCGUCAGCCUGUUUUUACACAUGGACAGUUUUUCGUGACGGCCUCGAGAGUAACAAGUCCGUCUGGAUUAAAGUUUGUUAUAUGUGUCGAAGAAGGGAAACCAAUGAAGUCAGCAUUGAAUUUAAUAUACAAAGAAGUUUAUCCUCCCAUCGUACCGCCCGAUCGGUGUUGGGGGACCUCAAGGAUGGCAUGUUAUCCUUUUUUUACAAAGAAGUUUAUACUAAUUUAUAGUUCCCUUGCUUUACAUACAUGCAUACUCAUUGCUACGUAUAUCGCAUCAUGAUUUGUACUUAACUUUGAGCAUUAUUUUUUUAAUUUCGUAUUAAAUAUGAAACUUAUUUUA